AUGCAGCCAAAGCUCUCUGUACGUGUCUCUGUCGCAGCGAGGAACAGGUGGAGGCCGUCAGAUCCUCAGAUCAUCUCCGAGGGUCUGUAUGCCAUCGCCGUGGUCCUGAGCUUCUCUCGCAUCGCCUACAUCCUCCCGGCCAACGAGAGCUUUGGCCCGCUGCAGAUCUCUCUGGGACGAACCGUGAAGGACAUCUUCAAGUUCAUGGUUAUCUUCAUCAUGGUCUUCGUGGCCUUUAUGAUCGGCAUGUUCAACCUGUACUCCUAUUACUUGGGGGCCAAAUAUAACCCCGCCUUCACCACGGUUGAGGAGAGCUUUAAGACUCUGUUCUGGUCCAUAUUCGGUCUGUCGGAGGUGGUUUCUGUGGUUCUGAAGUAUGAUCAUAAGUUCAUCGAGAACAUCGGUUACAUUUUGUAUGGGGUUUAUAACGUCACCAUGGUGGUGGUUCUUCUCAACAUGCUGAUCGCAAUGAUCAACAGCUCCUACCAGGAAAUUGAGGAAGAUGCUGAUGUGGAGUGGAAGUUUGCUCGUGCUAAACUCUGGUUGUCAUAUUUCGAUGAAGGACGGACGCUGCCUGCGCCAUUUAACCUGGUGCCCACUCCAAAAUCCUUCUACUAUCUGAUCAUCCGGGUCAAGUCCUGCCUUAUACGACUGUGUAAGGGCAAAGGUCAUCAGCAUGAAAACGAGCUAGAGAUGGGAAUGCUCAAUUCACGCCCGAAGGCUGAUCGUCAUCGAGCAAAUCUCAGGACCCGAGAGGAGAACACUGUCAAGAAACCCAUCAAAAACCCCACAAGAUAUCAAAAGAUAAUGAAGCGCUUGAUUAAGCGCUAUGUUUUGAAGGCUCAGGUCGACGGAGAGAAUGAUGAAGUUAAUGAAGGUGAACUGAAGGAAAUAAAACAGGACAUCUCCAGUCUGCGCUACGAACUUCUGGAAGAAAAAUCUCAGGCCACUGGAGAACUGGCUGACCUCAUUCAGCAACUCAGUGACAAGUUUGGCAAGAACGCCAAGAAACAACCUUGAGACAGACAGACAGAUGGAGAGAGUGAUGUGGUAGUUUAGGAGCAGUAUCUGGACACUUAAGACACUUAAUGUCUGAAUGUCAUUCAUUAGAUACAAAGUGCAUACAAAAGAUGCACAAACACACUUUACAAGCAAAACAGAUGACAGACAGAUGUUUGUACGGUUUGAUAUGAUAAAACGGAUCUAGAGUUAAAAAUGAAGACAGACAGUAUUGCAUUUGUCUGUUUAUGGUUAGUGGAUGAUGUGCUAGUUGAUGAGAUUAUCUGACAUCUGUGUGAAUUUGAAGCUUAACUCUGACACGGAAUUUUAAAAAAUUAAUAAAAAAGUUUAUUUUAUCUCACAAUUCCGUUUUAUCUGGAACUGAAUUGAAAAUGUUUUUCUAAAAAUUGUGGGCAAUUCUACUUGCAAUUUGGAGAAGAAAAGUCUGAAUUGUAAGAUAUAAACUAGCAAUUGCGAAAAAAGGCUGAAUUACGAGAUUCCCGCAAAUGUGAGAUAUAAACGACCUAUUCAGAGAAGAAAUAUCCAAAUUGUGAGAUAUAAACUAG